AUGCAUCCUCGUUUCCUGUUACCCGUAGCUACGCUCGCCAUCAGUCUUUUCAGCGGCCUGGGAGAUGCGGUUGUCGCCAACCCUCUUCCAGCGCCUCAGAACAUCACAUGGGGCACUUCGGGACCAAAGUCGCUAGCCGGCUACUUGGUGCUGAACUCGCCGUACAACCAGGUCGUCAACGAUGCCUGGACACGAACGUGGAACACCAUCAGCACUUUGAAAUGGGCGCCCGUAGCCGUUGAAGCCCCAAUUAGCUCUUUCGAGCCCUUCCCGACAGCAACGCCAUCGUCAAGGGUCAAAAGAUGGAAUUCGAUCCUCAUCGAGAUCGACCUCACCAUUGCGGAUACCCAGGCUGAUCUGCAACAAGGAGUAGAUGAAUCGUACACCAUCGACAUAACCCAAGCCUCACAGUCAGUCAAUAUCACGGCCCAGACAGUCUGGGGCGCCCUUCACGCUUUCACCACUCUCCAGCAAAUCAUCAUCUCAGACGGCCAGGGAGGUCUUAUGGUCGAGCAACCAGUCUCGAUAGUCGACUACCCAAAUUACCCUUACCGGGGAGUCAUGAUCGAUACGGGCCGGAAUUACAUCGGCAUUCCCAAGAUCUACGAGCAGAUUGACGGCAUGGCGCUCUCGAAGUUGAAUGUGCUCCACUGGCACCUGGUUGAUGCUCAGUCAUGGGCAAUUCAGAUGACGAGCUAUCCACAGAUGACCCAAGGUGCCUAUUCUCCCCAGAUGGUCUACUCGCAAGACGACAUUCGGUCCAUCAUCGCGUACGCGCGAGCCCGGGGGGUUCGAAUCAUUCCUGAAGUCGAUAUGCCAGGCCACGCAUCAUCCGGGUGGACGGAAGUUGACCCAAGCAUCGUGGCGUGCGCGAAUUCCUGGUGGUCCAACGAUGUCUGGGCGUACCAUACGGCGGUGGAGCCGAAUCCUGGACAGCUCGACAUCCUCAACAACAAGACCUACGAGGUUAUCAAGAACGUCUACACCGAGCUUUCGGGCUUGUUCGCCGACAGCAUCUUCCACGUUGGCGCCGACGAGAUCCAGACGGGCUGCUACAACUUCAGCACGCUGGUGCAGCAAUACUUUGCCCAAAACUCGUCGCGGGAUUACAACGAUCUUCUACAGAUCUGGGUCGACACGGCCGUUCCGAUCUUCAACUCGGUCUCCAACAAGACGCUGAUGAUGUGGGAAGACGUCGUGCUCAACUCGUACCCACACGCACACAGCGUCCCCACGAACAUCAUCAUGCAGACGUGGAACAACGGGCUGGAGAAUAUCCAAAACCUGACGACUCUGGGGUACGACAUUGUCGUGUCCUCCUCAGACUUUUUCUACCUGGACUGCGGGUUUGGAGGGUGGGUGACCAACGACCCGCGGUACAACGAGAUGGCCAACCCCAACGCGUCGGUGCCGACGUUCAACUACGGCGGCAACGGCGGCUCGUGGUGCGCGCCGUACAAGACGUGGCAGCGCAUCUACGACUACGACUUCACGCUCAACCUGACCUCGGCGCAGAAGAGCCACGUGCUGGGCACCGAAGUGCCCCUGUGGUCCGAGCAGGUCGACGACACCGUCAUCUCGUCCAAGAUGUGGCCCCGCGCCGCCGCCGCGGCCGAGCUCUCGUGGUCCGGCAACCGCGACCCCGUCACGGGCAUCAAGCGCACCACCCAGAUGACCCAGCGCAUCCUGAACUUCCGCGAGUACCUGGUCGCGAACGGAGUCCAGGCCACGCCCCUCGUUCCCAAAUAUUGUCUCCAGCACCCGCACGCCUGCGACUUGUACUACAAUCAAACGGUGCUUGCAGACUAUGCCACGACGCAAUAA